AUGAGCUCCAGAGAAGUUCUCAGCCAGUAUCUACUUGGCAAUCAGUUGACCAGUCAAAUAACUUUGGAGGAAUUCCAGAAGAUUGCGAGCAAGAGUCUUGGGUAUGAGACAAGCGCAGUAGUGUCAAAGGAAAAGAUGGAAGAGUGGUAUGAGGCCUAUCAAGAACGAGACCGAAUAGAGCGGGAGUCGAUUAAAUCUCGAGUUGAUCAGUUUUUGAAAAGAAUUGAACGCGAUGAAUUGUGCAAACUGGAAACGUCGCAAUUAAAGGAAUCAUUUACUCUAGAAGAGCUUGUGGAUAAUCUGUAUACUGUGGAUCAAGUUCUAGAUUCGAAACUAGAGGCAUUGAAUAGCAGUUUUGAAGCGACUGCGGAUGUAUUUGGCCAAUUUAGCGAUAUUCUGGCAAAGGCGAACCAGCGGAACAGAGAAUGGGACGAAGAUCUUGUGGACAGACUAGCUGAGUACAGAAAGAUGCUACAGACGGAAACUAACCUCGAAUAA